CCUGGUCUCGCUUCUUCACCGUCCUGUUCUCCUGUCCCGGUCGGCUUUUUAAUGCCGGCAUUUUUCAUAACGGCGUCGGCGGGUGGGCCGUUUCUCCGUUUUUCUAGAUGCAGCCGUCACUCAGCGUCUGAGCCUCGUCGCCGGCGGCUGUCCGUCAAACCGUGACAGGCGUUUAAUUUACGAGCGCCUCCGGCAGGAGAGCAGGAGCGAGGAGGAGCACGGCCCGGCCGCCGACCCCAACGCCCCGAACGGCCGCCCCGCCAACCCUCCGAUGCUCUCCACUUUAGUGCGAAUCCCGUUUUCCCAUCCGAGCCGACUUCUAGAGAUUUCGCCCUUUCUGGACACUGAGAUGGGAAAAGCCGUUCUCGGCGAGGCUUCCCAGAAACAGGUGUCCUUUUGCUGAGAACUCGCUUACACGAAAGCCUUGCCGACCCGUUACUGGUAUUAUACGGAAUCUUAAGCACCAAUGUUCGGAGACAGCAUAUUGUAAAAACAUUGAGAAAUUUUUUGUAUACUGAACAAUUCAAGAUGGCGUUGCCAAGUAUGGCGAGGUGUUAUGUCGACGUCAACUCGAGCAAGCCAAAGGACUACUGGGAUUAUGAGUCGUAUGCAGUCGUCUGGGGUGACCAAGACAAAUAUCAUUUAGUGAAAAAAUUAGGUCGUGGGAAAUACAGCGAAGUAUUUGAAGCGAUUAACGUAGUAGACAAUGAACAAUGUGUAAUAAAAAUGUUGAAACCUGUCAAAAAGAAGAAGAUAAAGCGAGAGAUAAAGAUUCUGGAAAAUCUCAAGGGAGGAAAAAAUAUUAUUACACUAUUAGAAGUUGUUAAAGACCCAGUUUCAAGGACACCUGCACUUAUAUUUGAGUAUAUUGAUAAUACUGAUUUUAAGUUGCUUUACCAGAGGUUGACAGACCAGGAUAUACGUUACUACAUCUAUGAAUUGUUGAAAGCUUUAGAUUUUUGCCACAGCAUGGGAAUCAUGCACAGGGAUGUGAAACCGCAUAAUGUUAUGAUUGAUUACAACAAAAAGAAACUCAGGCUAAUCGAUUGGGGUUUGGCUGAAUUCUACCAUCCAGGACAAGAGUAUAAUGUUCGAGUCGCUUCGAGAUACUUCAAAGGCCCUGAGCUAUUAGUUGACUACCAAAUGUAUGACUAUUCGCUAGACAUGUGGUCUCUGGGCUGCAUGUUCGCAAGUAUGAUUUUCCAAAAGGAACCAUUUUUCCAUGGCCACGACAAUUAUGAUCAGCUUGUGAGGAUUACACGCAUUCUCGGUACUGACGAUCUCUUUGCUUAUCUUGAGAAAUUCCAAAUUGAAUUGGACCCGAGGUUCGGUGAGCUCCUUGGGAGACACACGAAGAAACGGUGGGACCGCUUUGUUGCUUCUGACAACCAGCAUCUGAUUUCUCCUGAGGCGAUUGAUUUCUUAGACAAACUACUCCGCUAUGAUCACAGUAUGAGGCUGACGGCUAGAGAAGCCAUGGAACAUCCGUACUUUUAUCCAGUUACCAAAAAUAGUUCAGAAUCCCCGACAGCUGCAGAUCAACGGAGAUGCCAGGCACAAGAGAAAGGAUCCAAGAUGGUCAGAAUGGGUAUUAAGAACUGACUUAGGAUAUCGUAAUGAAGUUUUUGUUAGCCAAUAAACAACCGG